CUUCAGCUUUCUGCUUCCUUUCUCGAAAUUCACCUCGGAAAUUUGCAGAAAAGAGUCAGAAAAAGUGCACUAAAUUACUAGUAGUUUCAAUUCAGAUGCUUAACAGCCUUAACUAAUUUUCAACGAUUUAGGCAUGUGAUGAUGAAAGAGAAGAACCCAACAGCUGCUGCUGCUACUACGUCAAUUUUCAAGAAAGUAUUGUUGAAUUGUUCAGCUCAGGUUUGUCCAAUACGGGCGAAAGUGUACGGCAGUUGUGUUGCAGCAAAGGUUCCAGAAGUAGAACGUGACAUGUGUUUAAAAGAAUUCCUUGAAUUAAGGAGCUGCAUGCAGAGUGUACUAAGAAGAAAGUGUUGAAAGUUGAAUAGUAUGUGUGUGUAAGCAGCUGUUGUUGAAAGAUUAAAUCAUCCGUGAAAAGUUCGGCAUAGUUUAGGUGUUUCUCAGGUCAGUAGUUCUACAUAGGGGGAAGUGAAACAUGUCAACAAAAGCAUCUUCUUCUCAGCCUUCUGGUUUUGGUAGUUCUGGUGCUCUAUCACAUGUGUAUAUCCAGCAUCCACCCUUAAGAAGCAAAAUCCCAGGAGCAAGAAAUAGUUUUUAUGAUGAUGGCACGAAACAGCUUAUUGUACUCACAUCUGAUCAGGUUUUUUCUUGGAAAACAACUCCAUUUGAUCCAAAUGUGACUCCGUCCUCUGAUUUAAUAGGCGAAGGUCCAGUUUUGUCCAUUCGAUAUUCUUUAGAUUUAAAGCUUUUGGCUGUACAACGAUCCCCUCAUGAGGUUCAUAUCCAGAACAGAGAGAGUGGGGAUACUUUCAGUCACAAGUGCAGGUCUGAAUCAGAAAGGAUUCUUGGAUUCUUUUGGACAGAUUCUCCGACAUGUGAUAUUGUCUUUGUGAAGACCAGCGGACUGGAGUUAUUCUCAUGCAAUUUUGAAUCAAGAGCGCUUCAAUUGGUAGAGACUAAGAAAUUGAAUGUGAGCUGGUAUGUCUAUACUCAUGAGAGUAGAUUGGUGCUCCUUGCCUCGGGAAUGCAGUGCAAGAGCUUUACAGGAUAUCAGAUUUCAUCAGUGGGAAUAGUCCGACUGCCAAGGUUUGACAUGGCAAUGGCAAAAUCUGACGCAAAUAAUAAGCCUGUCCUUGCCACAGAAGACAUUCAUAUCGUCACAGUUUAUGGUAGGAUCUACUGCCUGCAACUUGAUAGAAUAGCAAUGCAGCUCCAUUGUUACAGAUUUUAUCGGGAUGCUGUGAUACAACAGGUAAGCUAUUACCAACACCAAGAUAUACGUAUAUUUACGCAAUGACGUCAUAGCAUUCUU